GGUGUGAACGUAGUUCCAGAAACAUAAGAAAGUGUGCAUUUUCAUUUAUUUUCUGUCGUCAUUUUUGGCCACGGUUUCGUGUAUGCGUUUAAUGAUAUUUAAUUUAUUUUACGUUCCAUUGUAGUAGUGUGAAUCGAGUUUUUUCGUGAAAUCCUACUAUAUAACAUAGAGAAAGAAUUCGCGAGGCGCUGCGUCAUAUAGAGGAAGGUUGGUUACCCCGGCUAGUCGCGUGUUUCGUUGGUGCCAGCUUCUUCGAAAGAUCAACAAUUCAUCCCAUCUGUGAACUCUCGUCCAGUGGGGCGCUACCAUUUUAUAUGACUUUAGCAAGAUAUAAAGAGGCAUCAGUACAGAGCGCGGAGAGCGGGCGGACUGUCGCGUCGGGAGCGCGCCGCUGCCGACGAGCGUGCAUGACGCUACACAACCCGAGCACCACUGCCCGCAGAGCAUCCAAGUUAAGCAGCAGCAGGCACCGGAAGCUGCUGCCGCUGCGGCAGACGUGACUGGCGCGAGCGCGGGUCCCCGCCCCGCCCGCUACCCCGCCCACCCCGCGCCUCUCGCUCUCUAGUGCAGAUUCAGUGUCACCAUCCAACCGUCUCGAGGACAAUUAGUUAGUUUCGUAGCGUAGCGUAGUGUAGCAUAAGGCCGUCACCAUGGGGUCGGUCAACGUGAAUCGUAAUGUGGCGGACGCGUUCUACCGCUACAAGAUGCCGCGCAUCUGCGCCAAGGUGGAGGGCAAGGGCAACGGCAUCAAGACGGUCAUCGUCAACAUGCCCGAAGUGGCCAAGGCGCUCGGCAGACCCGCCACCUACCCCACCAAGUACUUCGGCUGCGAGCUGGGUGCGCAGACCCAGUUCGACUUCAAGAACGAGCGCUUCAUCGUCAACGGCAGCCACGACUCCGCCAAGCUUCAGGACCUGCUGGACGGGUUCAUUCGCAAGUUCGUGCUGUGCCCGGAGUGCGACAAUCCGGAGACGGAGCUGAUCGUGUCGACGAAGAAGAACAGCAUCUCGCAGGGCUGCAAGGCGUGCGGCUACCACGGCGCCCUCGAGUUCAACCACAAGCUCAAUACCUUCAUACUAAAGAAUCCGCCCGCUGCUGACCCAAGUGUGCAGGGCUCGUCUCUGACGGAGGGCAAUCGUGGCAAACGCUCCAAGCGCUCCGGUCCACCUGCCAACGGCAACCAUGACGGCCAGGAGAACCAUGAUGGCAAAAAUGAUGGCGAGGUACCAAUAACACCGACCACGCCCAAUCCUAGCAGCAAGAAAGAAAAGAAGGACAAGUCGAAGCACGGCGACGAUGACGACGACGGCACCUGGACUGUUGACGUCAGCGAGGAGGCUGUGCGCGCUCGCAUGCAAGACUUGACGGAGGGCGCUAAGAGCAUGACUCUGUCCGAGGACACGGAGAAGAACGAGAAGCAGCGCAUGGAUCUGUUCUACGCGUUUGUGAAGCAGCGCGCAGACAGCGCCGCCGCUGAGGGCAGCAAGGCCGUCUCUGACAUCGUGCACGAGGCUGAGAGGCUGGAGGUGCGUGAGAGGGCGCCGCUGGUGGUGUUCGAGGUGCUGGUGAGGCCGGGCUCGCUGGCGGCGGACGUGAAGAAGCAGCGUCCUCUGCUGCUGCGUCUGACGCGCGGCGAGCCCCGCGCCCAGCGCGCCGUGCUCAACGCGCUCACCGCACUCUGCGCGCUGCACCAGAACCUGCUGCCCAAGGUGCCGGCGAUACUGAAGCUGCUGUACGACACUGACAUAAUAGAGGAGCGCGCGGUGCUGGAGUGGGCGGCCAAGCCGUCGCGCAAGUACGCGCCCAAGGAGGUGGUGACGGAGGUGCGUCGUCGCGCUCAGCCGUUCAUUGAGUGGCUCACCGAGGCCGAGGAGGACAGCGACGACGCGCACGACGCUCAGACCGACGACCUCGACGUCGAGUACGACGACCGCGCGCCGCUGCGACCCGCCGCCGCACCCGUCGCACCCCCCGCACCCACCGCACCCACCGCACCCACCGCAGACGACGGCGAGGACGACGUCGACAUUGACGCCAUCUAAGUCAGCGCUGCAGCUGUCCGGUGACGUCACCAAUUGAAUGUUACACUGCGAUAUCUAUAUAUAUGUAAUCAGCUGAUAUAGAAACUGUUAAAACACUCACGUACAUAUGUCCGGCGUCGGCAUCGACUAGUUUCGAGGGUCCCUUCAUCAGAGUAUUAAUUCGCAGACGCGGCCCGUCGCUCACUGCGCGCCUGCGCUCUUAGGACCGGACACCGGACAUAUAUACGUAAGUGUUUUAACGGUUCCUAUAAUAGUUAACGAUAAUGUCUCACGAAAGAUUGGAUAAUUUAAUGUAAUCAGCUGUUGUGUUGUAAUGUUAUUACUAGAGUCGGAUCAAAUUUAAAUUUCAAGUCAGUGUAGGGAUGUAGCGCUGUUGUGACGUCAUCGGCGAUGUCUCAGCAACAUAUCUUGCGAAUCAACUUUAAAUUGUACCCAUAAUGAAUUCCAAAUGUUUUUUUAAACUAUAUAGUACGUUAAAUUAAACGAUUUGACUACAUUAAUAAGCUAGCGGUGUAUUUAAUGUUUGUGUACGAGCACCGGCCGGGUAGCGGCGGACAUCUUGAUGUAACUGUCGUACGUAGAGAGACAUUUGUAUUUAUUUAAUGUGGGAAAAUUAUUGUAUCUCAAUGUAUAUGUAAACUAGAAAUCUUGAAAUAUACCUUUUGUUGCUCAAAUUUUUUUGUCAACUUGAUAUUUGUUUCUCAAAACUGUAUUAAACAGAUAUUUUCUUUUCUGGAAAUCAACCGUUCUGUCAGAAAACGAGAUAAGUUGAUUCGAUAGACAUAUGAUCAUAAUAAAUGGGACUUUCUUAACACAAACAUGCAAUUAUUUCUUCUAUUUUGGAAAAAUAAAUGUUUCCUACAAAUGUUGUUGUCUAUCGAAAAAACAGCAAGUCUAAGUGAAAUUCAACUCUACGUUUGAAAAUAAAAUGUGCAAUUCUUGUUAGAAAACUUAUGUAUUCGAUGUUCCAUACAAAACAUUUGUAUGUAUGUAUCUAUUUGUAUGUAUAUAUAUCUGAUAUCGCUUAGAGAACUAGCCUCUAGCUAUUUUCCAUCUCUAAUUAUUGUUCCUAUAAAUAUGCGAGUUUGGAUUAUUUUGUAAUAUUUUUUCAGGCAAAUUUAAAAUUGCAAGCAAAAAAUAUCGCCCAGAAAACCUUGUCUUAAUUUAUUCAAGAAAUAUUGAAUUUUAAGGCGGAUUUUAGGGUUUUUGUUUGUAAAGUGAGAUGUUUUGUCUGGAUUUUUUAUAUAUAUUUUGGAAUGAAAAUGUAACAACGUUGGCGUCAAGUUUGAGAGCGCACGGACUGAAAAUGGCGGCUGGAAUUGUGUUGAUUUUGCGAACGCUAAAUACGUUCCUUUGCUGCUGUAUUGUCACAAACACGAGGACACUAACAUUUUUAAUGCUCCAAUCAGAAGAUGGUUUAUAUUAAUGAUUUUAGUAUUAAAUAGUAAAUUUGCAAUAGCGCGGGUUCGACUGUGGGAUGUCCCCUCCCCUGUCUGUUCACGUGUAGGUUAGUUCGCGCCGGUGCGUUUCCUCUAUUAUAAAACUAUUAUGUAUAGAAUAUUUUGAAAUUGCCAACUGACAAUUUUAUUAGAUUUGUUUUGUAUUCAAUACAUUUGGAUUAUGAAAACGAUGUUGUUUUAUUUUUUACCUUUCCAGUAUUUAGACGAGAGGAAUAUUUUUGAAUUAUUCCUGUCCAA